GUGACGUAUUCUCAACUUAGACGACCUAGCUAGUGCUCUUCAUUCUCUUCGAAAGCCCUUCGCUCAGCACGCACGCAUUACACUUGUACUUUUGUGAGUGCGCAAAGGGCUUCGUUAAUCCAACGCAAUGCCACUCAUGAAAUAUGCAGAGCUCAGUCUUGUCGUAUUUACUGAGCAGGUCAGUCUACUGUAGCUUUCAUACGAUAAACGCGGUCAUCAGCCUUAGAAGAGCGUCCACCUCGCUCCCAUCUGCUUCCUAUAACAUCAGUUUUCACUAAUUACAUCAUGCCCAUUAGCCUGCUGCAGCUUCAAAGGUCAACUAUCUUGCGCCUCAUGUUAUAAAUUUGCAUUGACGAUGACAACCCAACCGCUUAUCCCCCUACCCUCUCAUGACCAUACACGGCGGCCCUCUCAAAGGCCAAUUGCACAACCCCAACCAAUUUCUCCACGUAUAAAUCCACUCGAUGCAGCUGAGAUCGAUCGUUUCGCCACAUUGUUCUCCCCCGCAACGCCCCCAGCAACACCAACGCCUGUCUUUCGUGAUCAGCCCCCAACAACUCGCCCGCAGCAAAGCAGAAAUCGCACGCCCAGUGUAGAUUCCGAAUUCGGUGCUUUCGUAUCAGUACCUGCUGCCCAAGACCCGCUUUCAUUUGACUUUCCGGUGAUCGAACCUGUUGCCUUGAAAUCUCGGGGACCUGCCAUCACUGGGAACGCAAGCUUGCAUUACUUUGAUCAGUUCACCUCCAGCGCGAAAACAGCUUCUGAGCAGAAUAGACGGGUUGUUCUUGAUGAGCUGCUGGAACAUGAAGAUGAUCCUUUGUAUUUCCUUCGAUCGCAAAGUCAACCUCCGUUAUCCCCCCUAUUGGAAACUCAACCAACAUCGACUCAAACUAGUAUCGUUGCACAAUCGCCACCUCCGAUACCACAAACUGGAAUCUUAAUUGACGCAGAUAUCAAGCCUCCUUCUCCCCCCCCACACAAGUUGCCUGUGCUCACUACGAACAUAAGCUCUCACUCUCCUGUAAAUAUACGUGCACCUCUUCCUCCCCGCAUCAGCGCAGCGGCCUCCCCUCCAUCAGCACACAUUCCUUCUACAUCAACCUCGUUGCCGUUCUCCUCUUCCACAGCCACGCCUCCAACACAUGCUACGCUAUCCCGCCUUUCCUCCACCUGGGUCUCGGCGUUCCUGCCAUCUGCCCGAUCUAGACAAUCCACAGGAUCUUCUACGUCAACCUUGGUAAAUUCGGCGCCCAGUAACGUACCUCAGUCGCCGUACAUGCAUAUAGCGCAUCAGACGUCUGGCAUCACGAGUGGCACCCCUUUUAGCACUCACCCUUAUAUUCCACCGUCUGGCGCCCCUGGUUUCGCAGGCGAUCGAACCUGGGACAAGGGCUUCUCAGACACGCUCCAUGACGAGGAAAUGAGUGAAGUAAAGGGCGUGUUGGGAAAGGGGAAGAAGAUACAGGUUCUGAAUCUUGUUGGAAGGAGAGAGGGCACGGCAGUGGUGCUGAGCGAGACCAUCGCAAAUCUCAUUCGUCCCCACCUUCCAGCGCUCACUCGUCUUCCACGGACAUGGACUCUGCUGUACUCGCUCGACCAGCACGGUAUCUCGUUGAACACGCUGUAUUCCAGAUGUGAACCCAAGUUACCCUCGACGCCCGGCGCAACAAAAGGGGCUCUUGUUGUAGUAAAAGAUGCGAGAGAUGCAAUUUUCGGCGUUUGGAUGGGGGAUGGGUUAUGGUUGGAAAGAGGAGGGUACUAUGGGAGUGGCGAGUCCUUCCUUUGGAGAUACCAACGUCCUUCAAGCAAAGGGGACGAGCUAGAAGAGGGGAUGCUUGAUGUGUACAAAUGGACAGGGAGGAAUGAUUACGUUGCGCUCUGUGAGCCCGGGUUCAUAUCUUUUGGUGGCGGAGACGGACACUACGGUCUUUACCUUGAUGCCUCCCUCCUCGACGGAUCUUCCGCACCAUGCCCUACGUUUGACAACCCUGUUCUGUGUUCUCGUGUGGAUGUUGGUGGCGUCGGCAUUAAAAAGGAUGUGAGCUUUGAAUGUGUAGGACUGGAGGUGUGGGGUGUAGGACCUUGACUGCUGUCGUCUCGUGAGUUGAUGACUGGUAUACGAUAUGUGCUUGAUUCCCUCAUUUCAUCUGCUUUCGAAGGCAAAUGUCAUAGUUUUCUAUUAGUUGAUCUCUUUCUGUCGCUGGUAGAGGACGAAGCAUGCACGCUAAGUACAGCAAAACGAAAUCUACACUGUCCUCACAUCCUUAAUCUG